AUGGCGCCAGCUCUGCGAUCCCAGACAUCACAGGACACAGUCGACACACAGCCAAUGACUACAGCAAACACAAACACGAAUAACAAGAAGCAAAAGAAUAAUAACAAGAAGAAGACGCUCGCGUUUGAGCUGACGCAAGCACAAGAUAGUGAACACAUAUUUGAAGGGAAAGUCCAAGAGAUGGGCAAGGAGAUUGACCCAGAAGGCGAGAAAGAUGGUUUACGAAACUCACCAGUUAUGAAACGUACACCACUUCCCAGCGAUAGCCCGUGGCGACGGAAUGAACAUCUACCCCUGGCUUCAGAGACCUUACAGCAAGAGAACAAUGCGCAUACAAUGGGAGGUCCUGGCACAGAACGGACAACGGACACAGCACCAGAGCCCGACGUUCCGGAGGAAGAACAACCAACACCAUCAUCAUCAAAGCCCAUGGUGGCCAUAUCAGUAUCUAGUGACGACGAGUCGACCUUUGGAGAUGCGGCCACACACAAGGAAGUGAUGAAGAUGCUAGACGACGAUGAAUGCGUUAAGGCAGAGGUGCUCCGUGACCUAGGAGAGAUGCGUCCAGCCGAGAUCACAGUGGUGAAAGCAUUUGCGCAUGGCCAAACCAAGAAGGUGUUUGAACGACUCGGAUUUACGGAUGUAGCAUCAGACUCCAAAGAGUUCAUAUCGGAAUACAAUGCUAACCUUGCAACGAUCCUGAUUGGGAGAAGUUUCUGGUCUGAUGAUAAUGGGACCAAUCAACCCAGGCCAAAAGUACACUCAUUUGCAGAGCAGAGGGCUGUCAUACAGAAACGUAUGGAGAAAGGCAAGAAAAAGGCAACAAUACAGCGCCUCGAUGAGGAGAUCGUGCCCAAGAAGGAUAAUAAGGGAAACACUGCACCUGGAGGUGGCAGUGACCCUGAUGAUGAUGAUGACCCUGAUGAUGAUGAUGAUCCAGAUAGUAACAAGGGUCCCCAACGGGAUCUGUUCACUCCUAGACCAUGGCCGAGAGCAACAUCUGCCGCGCCCUCAUCUCAGGCCAUAGAGGCAAAAGUACAAGACCAGGAACGAUGGUUCCAAAAGAUUGUCGAAUUCAUAAGAACGAACUUUGAGAAACGUCUUCAAAUACCAGAUGGCCUCAAACCACCGAGAUGGGAUGCCAAGACAAUGACGAAGUAUAAUGGAUCGGAAUCCAAGGAUAUGUUUUGGCAAUGGCUUAAGAGCGUGGUAUUUGCGUACAGAUCAUCACAACUAGUUAAUGAAUCAGCCCAGCAAGAUACUCGUGAUGCAUUUAAGGAGGCCAAGUGGGCUGAUGGUGAUGGCAGGGUGCAAGGUUGGCAUGAUGCAAUCUUGAGACUGGUUGAAGACAUGGAUGUCGCCCCAGACCAGUACACAAUAAGAGAGAAAUUCAUGGAGGGAUUACCAGACUCGAUACGACUAAAGGCUGACAAGGAACCUGCACGAGAUGAUCUGAACUCGAGAAGGGUUCCAACAAGGGACAACACAGCAAACCGCCAGAAACUGCGGACCUGUGUGUUACCAGUUGUGGAGGCAUCGGACACUGUUGCAGCUAGUGAAAAGUGCCCAGAAUUCGGCAAGAAACCGAUGCAGGCACAGAUGAGAGCAGCCCAUACAAUAAUAAUGGGGACUAUGGAAGGUUUUGAUGAGAGCGAGCACGACAAUCUGAGUGAGGAUCAGAUGUCACCCUGGGAAUCGGAGAAGGAGGAGUUUGACACCCUCGAAUUCGAAGAUUAUACCGGGUUCUCUGAUGCCAAUGAUGACUGGUGA